GCCGCCAAAUGCCUUCAUGAUCUUCAGGAAAGAGCAAAUGUCAACAGUCAAAGCUCAGCUGAAUAUCAGUAACAAUGCUGAGGCUAAUAAAGUCCUGGGUAACAUGUGGAAGUCGCUCUCAGCGUCGCAGCAGGAAAAUUAUUAUCGGCUUGCUGACGUAGAGAACAGAAUCCACCGGGAGUUGUACCCAAACUGGUCCUGCACAGACAACUAUGGCAAAAGAAAGAGGAAGCAGAGAGCAACAGUCUCAACAAGGAUCAAUCAAUGUGUUUGUCACUGUGUGACAGAAUAAAAUGCAGACCUGCCAACAUGAAUGCACUUUGAUGC